AUGGUUUUUUCUACAACGAUGAAGUUGUUACUGGUUAUUCUCGUCCUUGCCAUUUCCACUGCCCUGACGGACGACAACGUGCAGGCAGAGGAAGUUGCCAAAAACCAAUCCGAGCAGAAUGUCACCAAUGAGAAGGACGCCCAAGCCGACGAAGCAAGUGCCGCCAAAGAUGAAGCAGUGACUUUUGAAAAAUUUAAAAAUGAAAUGAUCACAUAUCAAGAUGCAGAAAAGAUGGUCGAGAGUGGAAAACAUUUCAUGGUCGCUGUUGUGGCUGAACCUGGUAAAAUGUCCCUUGAAUACUUGAAAAAACUACCAGAUUUGAAUAAAGGACUUGAAGAAUACGACAAAAAUUUCAAGAUCUACGCGAUGGACGCCCGUGAUCCGAAAAAUAGCGAGCUGAUCAAACAACGUGUGAAAGUGGUUCCUGCUACGAUCCUCUUUCUGGGAGAUAUGAAUGGUAUCAUUUACAAUGAGGAGCGUACUGCGCCCACUGUUUGGCAAUUCUAUCGGGUUCGUUUUCACUUAGUACACUUCAUGUUUUGGAAGCUGUGA